GUUCAAUCACAUCUCUACUCUUCAUCUAGUCACGUAUUGGUCGAUUCUACCAGAAUGUCUAUUGAGUCAGCUCCAAGGUUCAUCUACAAAAUUGUCCCGUCGCCGCCUGGUGACCCUUUUCCCAAGGAACAUCCCUUAUCGGACCUUGACCAGAAUGAUGGCUUUGUACAUCUGAGCACGUCCAUUCAAGUACCCAAGACCGCAGACUUGUUCUUUACAAGAUCAUCCUCACUUUGGGUCAUAAAGCUUGAAUUCAAGCAGUUUGCUGAUUCCAUCAGAUGGGAGGGCGGGUUUCCCCACCUGUAUGGCAAUUUCGGGGCUGACAAUGUCGACUCGACUGUGAAAUUUGUUCGUCAAGAGAGUCAGACGUGGGAUGAAGUGAUGGCAAAGUCAGAAUGGCUGGAUUGAGUCUAUUCUUUUAUAUUGGGAGAGUGGAUUUCUAAGGACUGCCCCUCCGUAAUCACAUAUCUAAAGGCCGAGAUCCUUCUCGACCAUACCCUUACAAAUUGGAUGGUAAAAGUCCUUGUUCUUCUCGAAUGUUUGCAAUGCCAGCUGUCUAUCCACCCUGUUGAGGGCGCGGAACAAAGGGCGCACAAACUUCAUUCGACCAACUCGUCCAAGCAGACUGGCGGCGUCCUGGUAGAUGGCAGAAUCAUGAGCUUUGAGAGCAAUCAGAUAAUACGCAGACAAAAUUUCGACAUUCUGGGACGAUAAGAAAUCGUAGGUUUUCCCCAUAAGCUGCG